AGGCAAUUUUAACACAGGGAGGCGUACCGUAAAGUUGCCCGUUCACGUAGAGUAAAGGGUCGCUGUCCGUUGUUAAUUCAGUCUUUCCUUCAUCUCUUUAUCUCCGCGCAAAUUUCCUUUAAAUCAACUUUACCAAGUGAACUAGUACACAUCCAAAAUGAAUCCCGAGUAUGACUAUCUUUUCAAACUUCUCCUGAUUGGUGACUCUGGUGUUGGCAAAUCUUGCCUUCUGCUCCGAUUUGCCGAUGAUACCUAUUCGGAGAGCUAUAUCAGUACCAUUGGUGUGGAUUUCAAAAUUCGGACAAUAGAUUUGGAUGGAAAGACUAUUAAAUUACAAAUUUGGGACACCGCUGGUCAAGAAAGAUUCCGGACAAUCACGUCAAGUUACUACCGAGGUGCCCAUGGUAUCAUUGUCGUCUACGAUUGUACUGACCAAGAGUCGUUCAACAAUGUCAAGCAGUGGCUACAGGAAAUCGAUCGUUAUGCGUGCGAAAACGUCAACAAACUUUUGGUUGGGAACAAGUGUGAUUUGAGCACUAAGAAGGUCGUCGAUUACGCCGCUGCCAAAGAAUACGCAGAACAAUUAGGCAUACCUUUCCUUGAGACAUCGGCCAAGAACGCAACGAACGUCGAACAAGCAUUCAUGACCAUGGCGGCUGAGAUCAAGAAUCGAAUGGGUCCCCCAUCUGCCCCUUCUGAUGGUGUUGGCGGAAUCAACAUAAACUCUUCCUCUAGACCGGUGGAACAAUCGAAAUCGGGAUGUUGUUAAUGGAAUAGGGAAAA